UGUGGUGUUCAUAACUAACAUGAGAUAAUUCGACAAAAUGAUAAGACGGUGUCGUGUGUGAAUAAUUGUUUGUGAAUAUUAUGUACAAUGGGAGUGACCUCCCUUAUUUCAUGUGACAGGAGAGAUACAAUAGUGUGAAAUGUAUAACCUUUUUAAGCUUGUCAGGCUAUUAUCUGUCAAAAAUGAUGUAAAUCCAGUGAAUAUUGACAACUUCGCAUGGAGACAAAAUGGAGAAUCAAGUUUCAUAGCUGUCAGUUGCACAAAUGGGUUCCUUUUGUUGAGGUACAGCUGCACUGGUUGUCAGCCUUUGAUCAAGCAGUUACCAUGGCCCCAGGAUCAUCCAAUCAAGUCACUGUGUUUUGAUCCAACAAUCACUUGGUUACUUGUGCUUACUGACAAUGGAAACAUCUUCAUUUUACCAGCACUCCCCAUGUUGGAUCCAUCAAGUCAGGUGAACCAGUUAUGGAGGGUGGAUGAUGUCACUAUUAUUACAUGUUUGAAGCCACGAGGUGUGCCAACAGUCAUAACCUGGUGGUACACCCUGGAUGGUCAGCAUAUUGCUAUAGUAGCCACAAAGUUAGGGGAGUUGUUGUUUGUUGACCUGUUACAGCAGAGGCUUGUGACAAACAGGUGUGUGGAUGAGCACAUCAAGACUUUAGAACUGGUCAAAGAUGAUACACAGACUGUGACUCAUCUACUGAUAACAGGAUAUAGUGGUAAACAAUGGAAGAUGUUGUUAGAGAAAAGGGGAGCCAAACUUGCUAGUCCUGAUUCUGAACUAUCUGACCUGGGAUAUGAUCAUAUAGAUGGACUCAGUUUGCCUAUAGUUAGCAUACUCAACAGACUUGGUGAAGAAGAGGAGGACAUAUUUUCACCAGUGGUGUUGUCACAGUUUGCACGAUCUGUGAAUGUAUCACCACAGUAUGCUAAAGGAAGGCAUUUAGUUACUGCAUACUGCACUAAGACUUCAACUUUUCAGGUAUUUGACAGCAACUUGGAACACCAUCCAUUGUUUGUGUACAGACUUCCUGUUGGUGCCCUGCAUACUGUUCUUACAGAUAGGAUCAUGUUCAUGGCUACAAAACUUGCUGGGGACCAGAAACUCAUUGUAUUGUCCAAUCAGAAAGCAGAAAUAUCAGAGGAUUCAGAUCAGGAUUUCAAUAAAGAAGCAACACUACAACAGUUUGAACUACCUGCAGAUGAAAAACUAAUAUCUGUCAUGCAGAAGUCAUUUCCAUUCUACUGGCAUGAGAAGCUUGAAGAAGAUCAGAUAAAGCUGCUGCAUGACCAGGAUGAGCAGAAGCUUACUGGUUCUCAUUCUUCAAAAGUAUUGUCUGCUCUAGAAAUUCCUUUAAGCUUACACACAGUUUUAGAUGGUUGCAUUAUUGUCACAAACAGCACAGUAUAUGAAUGUAGACCAAGGGCUUCCCCUGAAAGAUUAUUUUUAGAACUUUGUGUGAACCAGACAGAUUGUAAACUUGUAGAGCAACUUGGAAUCAGUCUAGGGCUAGAUUUAAACUUCUUGUUUGAGGCCGCGGCAGACUUUUUGCUUUCUCACGGUAACAGCAAACAAGCAACAAGAUUAUUUCACAUGUCUAAAGGAAAUCCGAUAAACCGAAUAUCAAGCUUUUCCAAAUAUGGUUAUAUACAAGACAUACUGCCAUUCUUGCAGCAGUUGUUACGAAAGGAAAAUAGUGAACUGAGUACGGAAGAUUACGGGAAGCUUGUAGAACUUGGACUGCAUGGACUGGUGCUAAAACUUUCUAAAGAGCCUGACAAUGAAGAGAUCAUAAACUUAUUCAGACAGUUUGUUCUAGAAUUUUUGGAAAAUGAAGACCUGCAGAGAACCUGUCUCAGACUGGUAACAGAAGCCGGGCUUCAGGCUGUACUCCUAGACUUUGCUAUGGCUAGAGGUCUAGUUAUAGAGGCCCUAGAGGAGUUGGCGAGACAGGAACAGUACCAGUUGUCGGAGACAUCACUUGACUUGUUGAUCAAUCGAGGAUAUGGUGGACAUCUUGCACAAGUUGCAUCAGGUGCAUUCCUGAAUCUUCUUGAUCCAAAAAGACUUGUGAAGAUAUUCUGUGAACGACCACAACUGGUUGCCCAACAUCCUGAUCUGUUGCUAGGCAACCUGAGUGACCUUGACCUGAGUGCACUGUUACAGUUAGUGGAAGUACUAGAUCCCUCAAAGCCUGUUAUAAGGGGUUUUGUGCAGAGAAAACUUCACUCUAGAAGAAGGACCAGCUCAUUGACCUCAUUGACAGGUUCGGGGGAGUUUGGAGAUGGUGCUACUAGUGUCCGAAAGGACUUGAAGAGUGUUGAUGCUGUCAGAAUGGUUCACUGUUUCCUUAUGGUAGUCCUUCAUUUGAACAACAGCAGAGCUUUAGAUGGUGAACCAGUCAAUACUGACUUCCUGUUUGAAAAUGUAGAAGAUAUUUUGAAAAAUAUUAUGGAAUGUUCCCAGUCUAGCAGACAGAAGAUAUCUUGCAGAUCAAAUCCUGUAGGGUGUGGACAAACCCAUGCAGCAGUAGCCUUGAAAAAUGGUGACCUUUAUACAUGGGGAAAGUCCAACCAUGGCAGGUCAGGUUUCACACAGUUGGGGCAUGGUGAGCAGAAAGGCAGUCCUGCAUCAUGCGGACCAUGUAAAGUUGGAAAUUUUCACACAUUACAGAUCAAAGUGACCUCUGUAGCAUGUGGAAUGCAACAUACAAUAGCACUUACAAAUCAAGGGCUGUAUGGAUGGGGAUCAUCAAAGUAUGGCCAGGUUGGCCUAGGAACGAAGCACUUGUACAUGCGUCCAAUGCCUAUAGAGGAGAUGUCCAAGGUGAUGUGUAUUGCCAUUGACUGCGGACAGUACCAUACUGUAGCACUUACAGAUGAUGCUCAAGUGUACAGCUGGGGUUGGGGUGUGCAUGGACAGUUAGGUCAUGGUGACACGGAGGAGAGACUGGUGCCAAAACUGAUCACUAGUUUCAGUAACCAGUCCAUCAUUAAGAUAGCAACUGGAUACUGUCAUACUCUGGCUCUAACCCUACAAGGAGAACUUUAUGCCUUUGGCUGUGGUUUCUUCGGUCAGCUUGGUUUGGGAACAAGCAUCAAACAUACACUUCCAGUCAAAGUCAGCGCCAUACCUGAAAAAAUCAUCACCAUGGCAACCAAGUUUUUUCAUUGUGUAGCAGUAGACAACCAUAAUCAUGUAUAUCAGUGGGGAAGUCACCCACAUGGCUUGCGGCAUUUUGUCCAUAGUCAGCGUCGGGCACGACAAUCUGGUCAGAGUAACUUUGAACAAGCAGACGGUCAUCUCAGACCUAGAUUAGUUGAUACAACUUAUGUGAAUGGCAGAAUCAAACAGGUUGUGUGUGGUAGUUUCCACAGUUGUAUCGUAACUAAGGAUGGUGAUGUGUAUACAUGGGGCAGGAACCUUGAUGGUCAGCUUGGAAAUGGAACACGACAAGAUGUGAGAAUACCACAAAUGGUAACUACAAUCAACGAUCGUAACAUCAUACAUCUGACAUCGGGAGGAGAGUAUAAUGUUGCCAUGGAUAUAGACGGUCAGAUAUGGGUGUGGGGUAGGAAUGAAUUUUGUCAGUUAGGAUUACAGGCAUCAGAUGCCAGGCAGUCAAACAAGGUCAUCAAGACAGCUGGAUCAAAGAAUGUGAGUCAGAGUCUGACAGAAGUGGUGGUACCAACCCUGUUAAAUCUCUUGCCUGGCUCCCCAACUUCAACAUGGCAAAGUGGAUCACUGGCAGAAUCUUUCAGUAUUUCAGAAUCAAUGGAGAGUCUAUCUUUUCUUGAUGAAGAGAGUGGUACGGACACACAUAUAAACAUUCCAAAUCUUGCUGAGAUAGGGACCAUGCCAUAUAACAGAAUUGUAAUACCAGUCAUUUUACAGUGUGUGCCAAAUUUAUGUGACUGCAACCAGUUGUUGAGAAAUGCUGUUGACAUGAAGGACUGGUGUGUUGCAGCCAGUAUCAGCAACUUCCUGCAGAAUUAUACACAGGCCAUGGCCUUCCAUCUUAUGGUGCUACGGGAUAAAAGUAAUUGUAAAGAAAAGAAAGAUUUUGCUAGCACAAGUUUGAAAGUCAUUAAGCACUACUACAGUUUGGUGAAUAAAAUGCAGUCAUCACAUGAGGAGGAAUACAAGAACUUUCUGCAUCAGGUAUUCUACCACUGGGAGGUAGGGAAGUGCCCAGUUUCUGUUCUAGAAGCCUUUCUGGAUUCUGUUCUGGAUGAUCUGUCUCUUCAACUUGCAACCAUCAUUUUCAGAAAGUCACAACAGAUAUUAGAAGAGAAGACAGAUGUUGUAAAGCCUUCCCUGAAUGAACCAACACUAGCUUUCCUAGAUUCUUUCACAACAAAAUUCUGCAUAAAACUUUCAUCAUCAGUUUUGAAUAAAUUGCAGACGGAUGCUUGGAGGGAAUCGAGUGCCGCAACUACCCUUCAGCAAUUAGGGAGUACAGAGCUUAAUUCUGUACCAGUUGCAAUGCUAGAAGGUGACAAACUGCCGUAUGAUCAGUUAUGGCAGGACAUCAUGCAGAACUUACGGAAAGGUCAAGAUGGCAGGAAGUACAUCUAUGUCACACACAGUGAGCUUGAUCGUCUGCAUGAGCAUCUGAGUGAUCCAGAUCAAUGUCAGGGGCAAGUCACUCCAGCUGUUUUUUUCACCUGUGGACAUUAUUACACUAAAAUAGCAUUUACAAGAGAGCUGGAGAGAAUGAAUAAAGACUCAAGUAUUGGCAAUAUAAAGUUGUCAGAAACAUUAUCUGUGAUAAGAGAGUAUUAUGGUAGAAAAGGCUGUCUACCACUGGCUUGUCCAAGAUGUGUUCUAAGUGCUAUAAUGUCAGUUUCAUAACUAAAUUGGACAUUCCCAUAUUAUCCCAGUUAAGUGCAAUAACGAUGUGCAAUAUAUUACAUAUUACACAGAUUCUGAAAACUUAUCAAAUCCUUCAUGUAAUGCGGUAUGUGCUAGUCAUAAUUAAACUUUCUAGUAAAUUUUUUUUUAUCUAAAUACCACAAAUGUAGCAGAACAUAUUGCAUGAUGUAACUCCUGCAUAUUGUCAAUUUUUUUUUCGUGUUACUUCAGAGUUAUAAAGACUUUCCUCGAUAAAAAAGCUAAUAACAAAAUAUACAUGUAAGCCAUGUAUCAGUCAUCUAUACUGUAAUAGUACAUCUGUAUUUAAUAACAGAGUCAAGUGAUGGUAUUUAAAUUAUUCUGAAUAAAUGAGUCAUUUG